AGACUUGUGUCUGUAUUAAUGGGAUAAGCCUUGCUGGACCCUUUCCCUCUUUUUUAUUUAGUAAUUCAGUGGAGAAUGUGUGGGGGCACCCAGAGAACUGGCAGCUAUGCUGGGUGCUGCUCAAAAAGGCUGAGAAACAGGUGGAUUGCUACUUGCCUGCUUGUAGACAGAUCUGAAUCCUCUGGCAGCAGUGCGGCGACAGGAAAGCGCAUGAGACCAGCGGCAAAUAACCUUCCUGACACUGGUUAUUGCACCCAGUCAAGUUGGCCUUGUACAGAGUUUGACUUGAACUGCAUUCGAUUGAUUGUUUACCAGGACUGUGAAAGAAGGGGCAGACAUGUCUUGUUUGACUCCAGAGCAGUCCGUGAAAUAAAGGAUGAAAACGCACAGAGAUCCAGAGAAGAGGCUCCAGCCAGAUCAAAACCCUGUCAGACCAGCAGCAGUGGGACAUGUACCAUCUCCUCCCGAAAUGCAGCAUCAGGAUGUGCCCAGCCUGCCAGGGAGCAGCUGCCAAAGUACCAGUACACCAAGCCAGCCUCAGACGUGAACAUGCUGGGGGAGAUGAUGUUUGGUUCUGUGGCAAUGAGUUACAAAGGUUCCACCUUAAAGAUUCACCUAAUCCGGUGUCCUCCUCAGCUUAUGGUUAGUAAAGUCUUCUCUGCUAAAGUCGGAGGUUUCAGCGGCAGCACCAGCACUUUACAGGAUAGCAUGGAGAACAUCAGUCAUGAUGGCACAGGAGCCAGGCUUGGUGUGAGCCACACUGGACAAGGGUUAUGCCAGAAUGGAUCCAAUUUAGGUAUUUUACAGAUGUGUGGCAGCAAACUGCUGCCUGCCAUGUUGGAAGCACGCCCCCUCCGGCUCAUCCGGAGUGCCUCUUUCUUUGCAGCCCACAGCACACCGGUGGAUAUGCCAAGCAGGGGGCAGAAUGAAGAUAAGGAUAGCGGCAUUGCUCGAUCAGCAUCUUUGAGCAGCCUCCUGAUAACCCCUCUCCCUUCGCCAAGUACCUCAUUCUCAAGUAACUGUGCUAGCAGCUAUCAGCGCCGUUGGCUGAGGAGUCAAACUACCAGUUUAGAGAAUGGUGUUGCGCCACGAUGGACCACAGAAGAGACAUUUAGUAUGGCUGAUGAAAGCUAUACUUCCAACCCAGCAACGAUUGGUCGAAAGAAGAUUGCAAUUGGUGUCAUCUUCUCCUUGUCUGAAGAGGAGGAAGCGCAACGGAACUUCCAAGAUUUCUUUUUCUCACAUUUCCCUUUGUUUGAGUCUCACAUGAAUAAGCUGAAAUCUGCAAUCGAGAAGGCAAUGAUCUCCUGCAGGAAAAUUACAGAAUCGAGCCAACGGGUGCAGGUUUACCUGAGUCAGGUCAUGGAGGCUCUGGGCCAGUUUAGGGAGACCAUCUGGAGCUUGUACUGCGCGCCUCGCAUCGCUGAGCCAGUGUGGCUUACCAUGAUGUCCAGCACUGCAGAGAAGAGUCAGCUCUGCCAGCAUUUCCUGAAAGAGUUCACCGAUCUCAUUGAGCAGCUUAACAAGAACCAGUUCUUUGCAGCAUUAAUCACUGCUGUUCUGACUUACCAUCUGGCUUGGGUUCCAACAGUGAUGCCAAAUGACCAUCCUCCAAUAAGGUCUUUUUGUGAAAAGCACACUUCUCAGUCAGUCAGUCUGCUGGCCAAAUCUCACCCAUAUAACCCCCUGUGGGCUCAGCUUGGUGAUCUCUAUGGAGCUAUAGGGUCUCCUGUCAGAAUGACUCGAACUGUUGUUGUAGGAAAACGUAAAGACUUGGUCCAGCGCAUUUUGUAUGUCCUUACCUAUUUCAUCCGUUGCUCUGAACUUCAGGAGAACCAUCUGGUUCACAGCAGAGUCUUGAAGAAAGGGGAGCAGAUUGUACAGGGCAGUAAUGUGACAACUUCACUUGAGAAGGGGGAGGUAGAAGACUCGGAAUAUGUGGUCAUAACACUGAACAAUGAGUCUGCCCUGUUGUCUCCUUCUCUGCCCUCUAGAUCACCUCAAAAUGGCAGUGGACUUGAGCCUUCUGAAAUUUCAGUGACCGCAGAAAAUAAAAGUGGUGGCUGCUUUCAGUUGACCCAGAGAACUGUUGCACCUCCUACUAGCAAUGGAGCUAUUUUACGUAAUGAAGGUUCUUGUAAAGAAACUGUAACAUUGGUGAAAGAAGCCAAAGUAGAGUCUUUGGUUUCAGUCACGAGAACACCAGCUUACAAAGCUGAAGACAUGUUUACCUCGGAUUCUCUUACAUCCCAUGUUAAAGGCCACCACUCUGCUGGCAAAUAUGACAAAAAAGCUAGCUCUCCAGUGCAACUGUCCGAAUGGGCAAAGGAAGUACUUCGUUCAGACCUUAAAGAGGAUAAUUCUCCUCCUCCUCCAGGGAAAGUAACCUUCAGAAUGGGCUGGUCCCCAUCUUCUGACUCCGACCUGGAGACCUCCAGGAAUGAAGUAGAGAACAACGUAAAGCCUGAACAGUCAAGCGAGUCCAAAAGUGACUUCCGUGCUGCUCACCGAAGGAGGAAAAUGCUUUCACGGAUCCCCUCUUGUGAGGGAGGUUCCAGUUUAUUUGACGAGUAUUUUGUGGAGGGUAACAACAUUGAAACUAAUACAGCAGAAUCUCUUUCCUGUAAUUCUCUAUUAUCAGAAAAAUGUUUUGUGUCUAGUGUAGUAGCAUAUAAUCACAGGGAGGAAAGAACUUGUGAGAAUGACCUGACAGUCCACCCUCCUCAGAUGGCCUCUCGAAGUAUCCCCUGUGGGGAUCCACUCAAAACGAGAGGAGGCAGGCUGGAGGGAAACCUUCCAAGGAACAAGAGUUAUGACAGUGCCCUGGGCCACAGUGACGAGGAGCUGAACACAGAUCGCACCCAUUCAGAAGACUGGGACCACAACAAUGACUAUGCAGAAGUAGAGCUUCCAAUUCCCAGAUCUGAAUUCAUCAGCAGCCCAAGUGUUAAAAACUUUGGGAGGUCUCUGUUUGGUGGUUACUGCUCCACAUAUAUGCCUGAUAUGGUGCUUCACGGGAUUGCAAGUACUGAGAAGCUGAAGCCAUGCUUGACGGCCAGCCUCGCUCACUCAACCCACCACCCUGUCCUGGAUGAGCCCCUUGCAGAAGCCGUGUGCAUAGUGGCAGACACGGAUAAAUGCAGUGUGCAGGUUGUCAGCAGCCAGAAGACCACCACGGACAGCAUGAAGCUUGGUACAGAAGUCUUGGUGUCCAGUCAAGUGUGCAGUUUGCUUCAAUCCGUUUUACAGCUCCACAAGCUGAGAACCCCCCCUGUGUUUUGUGUGAUGCAUCUAGAGGACAAACUACAAGAGCUGUACUUGAAAAGUAAAAUGCUUUCGGAGUACCUGAGGGGACACACCCGAGUCCAUGUGAAAGAGCUUGGAAUCGUGUUGGGGAUUGAAUCCAAUGACUUGCCUUUGUUGGCGGCCGUGGCAAGUACCCAUUCUCCUCAUGUUGCCCAAAUCCUUUUAUAAGCUGCAUCAUACAUUCGGUCAUUCCAUAAGCUACGGAGGAGAAACUACCAUUCUGGAAAAGGGGAGACCUGACGCCUCUGUUCUUCUGAACUGUAUCCCCUGCAUCCUAAUGGGGGCACUUUUUAAAGUUUACAUGACGUGAAGGCAUUCUGCCAUCCCCAGUGGCCUUUUUGUCUCUUCACAGUAAAGCAUUUUGGGAAAACUUUGAAAUACUUAAACUCUUCAGUGCUGAUGUCUGGACAGUCACUUCUUUUUUUGGAAAUCUUUCCACCAACGUCGUGUAGACUUACUGCACUGUGUCUAGAACAGGAAGAUGUGGAGAAUUCGGCAUGUAAUUAUAUUGUAUGGCCUUUAUGGGAUAUGAGCUGGUGCCUAUAUACACAUUGACCAAUGAUUAGAAUAGUCUUACAAGCACAACACCACAAACGAUCCCCUCUGCGUAUUCUCCUGCAUUUUACCACUAUCCCACAACUACAAGUCCCAGCAUGCUCUGCUGGAUAUAUUCCAAGAAAACGUGGAACUGGCUGACCAGUUAGAGGGACAUUCCUGGUUGUUGUUCUUGAUAAAUGGUACCCAUGGCCCAUAUGGUCCCAUAAGCAACAAAUCCAUGUUGAGAUUUGAAUUCUAAACUGCACUGGAAUUUAUUUUAUUUUUUUUUGGUUUACUGCACUUGGAGGGGAGGGUGUCGAGGAAUAAUAGUUAUUUAAGGGCAUCUCGAAGGGUCCUUUUACUUGAGCAGAUUUCUAAAAAUUCACCACCCUUUCAAAGGAAUAUUCUCAUCUUAUAAAGUUAUGGUGUAUGGCUAUGCUAUUACUUUAUGAUCAUUGGGGGUCUGAUCUCUGGGACCUCUAUGUAGCCCUGUGUCUGUUAGGUUUUCCUCUCAUGAUGACUCUCCUGGCCACUCAUCUUUGACGUGUACUGCAGCACAGCCCCAUUCUAGCCUGUUUUUGGUCUGAGCCCCACCAAUUUUGAGAAUAAAGGGGCCAAAGGGCUGCAUCCCCUUUUUAGGAUUUCUCUGCGGAGACUACCCAGCUGUACAGAACUGCAGCUUGAAUGGGGCUGUGCUGCAAAUCUCUGUACAGCUGGGUGGUCUCCGCAGAGAAAUCCUAGAAGGGAAUGCAGCGCUGUGGCCCCUUUAUUCUAUAAAUUGGUGGGGCUCAGACCCACCGAUCAUAGCGUGAUGGCAUAUCCUAGCCAUUUGCCCUCACUUUACCCCAUUAGCACAUGACUGGUGCUGAUAAUAGAAGCCAUUCAAGGGGAGUAACGUACAUAUUAGUGCUGAUGUGGAUUUAACUAAAGCCACGUUCAGCAGUGACCAAUCGGAAAUUUAUGGCAGGAAUU